UGGACUUUUAACUCGAGUCCAUCUGGUUAAUCAGUCACUGUCGUCCACUUUAAAUAUAACGCUUGACUUCUGGAUCGUGCUCACUUUAGUUCACGUUUAAAGAAAGUUUGUGGACGGUACAACAGCAGGAUAAUAGUGAACCUUUUCGGUCUUUGUUUAGGAAUGUGACCGAUCACAUGAUUAGUGUCAUAUGACAUUGAUGAGCCCACGAAAGAGAGCAGAAAUCUUCCAGUUCCUAAUAAUACGCUAAUACUGUCGUUCUGUCGAGAUGAAUUGAGAUGGGUAGACAGAUGUGGGGGCUCUCGAAGUAAACAGCUGGAUCAUGGAGAGUUUGGGAGUUUUUUCUGUUCUCGUCACCGCCUGUGUUUUGGGAGUGGUGAUGAGUCAGACGACACUCAGUCCUGCUGUGACCAUCACCACAGUCAGUACAAACAUGAGCACUACAGCACCCAGCUGCUCCAGCCUCAACACCUCCACCUGCGCGGCCUGCGCUCCUGGCUCUCACUACGAUAACGAAACUCUGCUGUGUUCCUGCUGUCCCGAGGCAGGCCUGUGUGUGUCACCUGGAGCCUGUCUUCCGUGUGUCCAGGGUUUCUAUCAGCCUCUAGCAGGACAGCAGGCCUGUCUGCCCUGUUCUUUUGGCUUUUACAGCAAUUCCAGUGGAAGCCCUGUCUGCCAGUCGUGCCCUACGGGGUCCUACAGCAAUAACUCGGGCUCUGCUUCCUGUACAGCCUGUGCGCCGGGUUUCUACACAUCUUUGCAAAAUUCAACAUCAUGUAACCCAUGUCAGCAAGGCACAUACUGCAAUUCCUCCAGCUGUACACAGUGCCGGGUCUGUCCUGCCGGCUCAGAGGCUCUACAGACAGCUUCCAAAGAAUGUACGCCCUGUCGCCCAGGAAUGCACAAGCUUUCCCAGCAAACCAUGUGUCAGAUUUGCACCAGUGGUUUUUAUCAGAUCCAGUGGGGCCAAGAAAACUGUGACCUGUGUCCUGAAAACCACUACUGCCCUAGUCCUGAUGUAAAUCCGAUCCAGUGUCCCGCUGAUGCGUUCUGUCCUGAGGGCAGCACAGCCCCUGGGUACUGCAUGGAGACCUUCUUCAGAAAGGCAGGGGAGACGUGCGAACUUGCUCCCGUUACCAUUGCACUGCUCGUUAUUGGAGGAGGAGUGGGUCUUCUCUUCAUCAUCGUUUUGGUUCUGCGGAGGAGAAGAGAUAACGACAGCGAGCUAUCCCUCGCUCGGACGCCCCUCUUGAGAAAAGACCGCCCACCUGGUCGCUUCUAUGGAAUCCCCUGCGAUGCAGAGCCCGUCUAUGCAGGCUGGUGAUAUUACCGGGUACACUGACCUGUUUUCAGCUGCACAGAUUUGUCUGAAUGUUUCUAUUGAGAACAUAGAACUUUUCUAACUUUAUUUUGGUAAAAUAAUAUUAAAUAUUUAAUGAAUGAAGAGGCACUUUUCUGCAUUCCAUUUUUAAAACCUGUGUACUACUGACCCUAUUUUGAAGUUAUGUCUCUUUUGACUUGACUGCUUUUGGAGUCUGGAAUAAUGAGAAACCAUUCAGUAUUUUUUUUUGGGGUUUCUUUUGUAUAAAUUUUGCACCGAACAUUAAGCCAUGGCACUGAAACAGUGGAUUUUGGAUGAAGUUGCUGGAUUAUUCUUAUUUUGUUCACAAAUGUGUGUUUACCUUUUUUUUUUUUUUUUUUUGUGUGGUACCACUAUUUUUGUCUACCUAGGGCCCUCAAGUUAUAUUGUAUUAUAUAAAUUUGCAGCAUUUAUUGUAUUUAACAUGUGAUGUGUCACAUAUUACUUUUAAAACAAAAUAUUUUGGACGAUUUCCAUGGUUGUAAACUGGAAUAAACAUCUUUUCACAACUUA